GUUCUGUGUUACGUAUAUCAAAUUGGCCAUAUCUUUUACCCUGCGAGCUCCAUAAACCAUUUGCUUAUUUCAGUGUUUGAGCACAUCCUGUACGUUCCCGUUUGCCCAUAUGUGUACUCUCUUGUAUCAACUAAACAUUGAUAUAUCCAAAUAAGAGGGUUUCCUUUUGUAUUGCAACAAAGAAAUUAUAGACGAUCUGGUCGGUGGAUAUUAAGCUACCAUGGCAACACAGAGAAGAAUUGGCAUUGUUGGAUUUGGCAAAAUUGGAAAAUAUCUAUUCGAAAACAUCAAGGACAGAGAUGACUUUGAGAUUGUGUUUGUGUGGAACCGUUCAACAUCAGCAAUGGAUGGGAUUGUUCCGCCAAACCUAGUUCUGGAUGAUUUAAGUAAAUUUGCUUCAAGAAAUGCAGACCUGAUAAUUGAAGUUGCUCAUCCUUGUAUAUCAGAUCAAUAUGGAGCAGACUUUAUUUCAAGUGCAGAUUACUUUGUUGGUUCUCCCACAGCCUUGGCAGAUGCACAUGUUGAAAAGAAACUUAGGGAUGGUGCCAUUAAACACGGCCUCUACAUUCCAAGUGGUGCAUUAUGGGGAGGGCAAGAUAUUCAGAAGAUGGCCGAUCGAGGGACAUUGCAGGGAUUGAAGAUCACCAUGACAAAGCAUCCUGAUGCUUUCCGCUUAGAAAGUCCUCUGAAGGAGGUCAAUGAAACAGUACUAGAGCCAACUGUGCUGUAUGAUGGCCCUGUGAAAGACCUAUGUCCACUAGCACCUAACAAUGUCAACACAAUGGCUGCUGCGUGUAUGAUGGCACACAACUUAGGCUUUGAAAAGGUCCAAGGAUGCAUCGCCUCAGAUCCUAAUGCUCGGGAGUAUCAUCUAAUUCAGAUUGACGUGAUAGGCCCCGGGGAUGCGAGUGCAGGGAAAGCUUUCACGGUCUCUACGACAAGAAAAAGCCCAGCAAGCUACAAAGCAGUCACCAGUAAUGCUACCUAUGUCUCUUUCUUCAGCAGUGUGUUAAGAGCACAAGGCCAGGGAGCUGGUGUUCAUCUAUGUUAAGACAGGUCUUCAGCUGUUUAAUGCUGCCUAGUGAUCCACAUUCCGCCAAACACGACAUGGGUAUGCAACCCGUCGAUUGCACGACACAUGCUCGGGAGACAAUAGCUCCGCGGUCAAUGUCCUACACUAAACAUAUUCAAGCAUUAUUUUUGACUCGUGUAAAUGUGUAAAAGAUUGACAAGUCUUGUCAAUGAAAGGUACUCUUCAAAUCAAUUCUUAGCAUGUCAAGUUUGCUUAUCUGCACAAUAGCAGAAAGGUCAUGUUAAAAGAUUAAGAAAUAAAACUUAAUGAUGAACAUUAUACAUUUCAUCAUAAAAUGAUCGAUUACAAGCUUUGAGUUAAAUAUGCUUUCCAUCAUCAUUAUAUGUACUAUUUGGUAUUUAGUAGGGAAUCUCUCCAUGAUUUAGACAUGAUACCUGUACCUAGAUUUAUUACAAAAACACCUUAGACAACUAUGUACGCUGGGAAAUUAUUUUCAACAAGAAUGGGUAUGUUGGAUUCAUUCUUGUAUGUAUGCAGGUUUUUCCUCAUCAUCACCACAGAUCUCUAUAUAUAGAUUGCUCAGUAGGCUAAUGCUUUUGAAUUUUAUGGGGUCGUUUGAUAUAAGACGAUCAUUUCACUCUCAUUUUUGAUUGCUUAACCCAAUAACUUUUACCCUUCUUGCCCACUCCCCUAUCCAUGAGUGUAUGUUGUAAAUAUUCUAUAAAAUGAUAUGAUAGACUUCUUAAUCAUGGCAUUAACAAAAAGGUAAGAUUGAAGUACCAUCGACACAAUUUCUGUUGUUAUCAAAACUAAGCUUCCAUCAAUAUACAAGCCUAAAACUGGGCCAUAUUCCUCAACAUUUGAUUCCCUUUUUUUGAAAUUUGAAAUUUAUUUCUCCAAAAUGGAAAGCUGAAAAAUUCUUGCCAUGUUUUAUGUAUCCUUACUUUGUCGUUAAAUGGGGAGAUUUAAUUAUAGACCAUUUCUCCAUCCCUUGAUAACCCCUAUUCAAGGCAAUGCUAGGUCUGAGAUAUAACAUUUUAUGUUUAAGCAAGCCGACCAUUUCACCAAGAGUGACUUUAAAAAAUUCAGCUAUUUCAGAAUGAAAUUAGUGUUACACAUCUGGUGAUAUUCCUUUAAAAUGUGCUAAAAAUGUAUUGAAAUAGAGAGGAUUUAAGAGAAGUGAAUACUGUUAACUGUGAAUACAUCUAAACUUCUUGAAAAAAUGGAAUGAUAGAGCUAAAAAUUCAUUGUUUCAUUGUGUUUAAUAGAAAAUUUGAUUUUCUUUGUAUUCGUAGUGCAUUAACAUACAAACAAACUUCUCUGUGUAAAGGCCGUUUCAGAUAUAUGGCACUGUAAGCCCUGCAAAAAUUAGUCACGUUUUCAAGGAAAUGUAAAUGAAUGGCAACUGCUCGUAGCAAGAGUUGUGCACAUAUUCAUAAUAUACAUACAUGUAUACAAUUAUGAAAUACAAUAAUGUAAAGUGUUUUACAUUUUUUGUCAUCAUUUAGAAAAAAAUGCUGUUGUUUACCACUCCGUAUCUGAACGAGCAUUAAAUAGGCCAGUAUUGCCUUGAAAAGUCCACUUUGGAGAGAAAUGUGUCAAUUUGACUUGAUAUUCUUGGUUAUUUAGGCUGAUCAUAUUUCCAGGUUCCAUCACACUCCCUGCGGAGAGAGGUGGUAACUGUUUUUUUUCAGUGAAAGAAAGUUCACAUGCAUCCACCCAUACGUUUCUGGCGUAACUCAAGGACUGGUAUGUGCACUUUAUUACACACACACACACACACGUACACAAAAAGAAAACAAUCAGACAGAACUGAGCUUUUAAUUAUUUUUAUAUAAUCUUUUCGACCUGCCUCUUAUCUAAGGACGCAUUUCAAAUUGAUUUUGUGGGUUAGACAAACUGAUCAAGAAAAACAAAUGUGGCUGCAAUUAGUUAUCGUUGCUAUCAGUUUAAUGUUAAUCUAUGGACUAUGCUCUUUGCAAGGAAAAGAGAGAGAGAUAUAUAUUUUCCUGCUCUGUGUGUACUCCAUAAGCUUAAAUCUCCUAAUUUAAAGCUUGAAUCUACCAUUUCUUUGCAUGAAUGUAAUUCAUGCUGCAUUUUAGUUUUUGAAUUGGAUACAUCAAUUUGAGAGGCUUAUUGUAACAAAUCAGUAUUAUAACAUACGAUUGAAGAGUAUUUUCAUAUUUGUGAUAUCUUUUUAAAAUAAACAGUAAAAAAACAAC